AUGUAUAAAGAGCGGUUGCAAGCAAUUCAAGCAGCUCGUUCUCAGAUAGAUACUGAUUCUGGGUCAUCACCUGAUCAAGUCAGCAUCUUCGAAGAGGCGUUCGGUCAGAGGCGGGGUCACGUUCGUGGAAUUGGUCGCAGAGUGAAGGGUAAAUCUUCAAGUAGUCGUGCCCAAUCCACCCAAUCACAGCCACCUUCACAAGAUUGGGUAAAUGACAUGAGUGUGAUGUUUAAUCUCUUUUCAUCUCAAAUGGACCCAUCAAAUAUGGACCCUGCAAAGCUAGCAAUGUUUAAUAUGCUUAAGAGUAAGUAUUCCACUCCAGCACCUCAACCGUCUCAGACACACAUGGAUCAAGGUUCCCCUGCACAUUCUCAACAUCCAGCGGCAUCAUCUGACAUGCAUACAUCUUCGACAUCACAGCCUCAGCAUCUAGUACCGCCGCUCUCGCAGCCUUUGCCACAACCAUCACACCCUCCACCGCCUUACCCUUACAUGUAUGGACCACCGUAUCCAUUCAUGUACGGAGGAAUUUCGCAGCAACAUCCUUCUGCUUUCUUUCCAGGUUCGACUAAUAUGGCUGGAUCAUCACAACAACCUUCGUCGUCACAGCAGGCUCAGCCAGUCUACCCAUAUCAAUGGAUGAUGGGGGCAUCAACAUCUCAGCCGCUACAACCACCACAUACAUCACAGCCGGUACAACCACCUGAGACAUCACAGCCGCUACAACAACCUCAGACUUCACAACGCCAGCCAUCGAGUCUUCCAGAGUUCGAUGAGAACGAGAGAUCACAUGACUUUUUAUCUCAGUUGUAG